AUGUCGACGUCUACAUGUAAGAAGAUAGGUCGUUAUGAGGUUCUAAAAUCUAUUGGACGAGGAUCAUUUGGAAUUGUUACGGCAGUGAAAAAUGACAAAGAGGAAAUAUUCGUCGUUAAACAGCUGGACAUGUCAUGCAUGAAUUAUAAAGAAAAAAUGAACGUUGUGAACGAACUGAGAGCAUUAGUUGAAGUUUCAAUGCAUCCUUUCAUCGUGAGAUACAAAGAAGCAUUCCUUGAGAAUAACACUUUAUGUGUCGUUAUGGACUACUGCUCAAAAGGGGAUUUGGGCCAAUACAUAAAAAGAAACAAGAAAAUGAAGACGUUUAUUCCUGAGAGCAAAAUAAGAAGGUGGUUGUUACAAAUAAUUACUGCAAUAAAAUUUAUGCACGAUAAAAAACUUAUACAUAGGGAUUUAAAAUGCAACAAUAUAUUUUUGGACGAGGAUGAGAGGGCUAAGGUGGGUGACUUUGGAUUAGUAAAAAUUUUUGAACACACAGAAGAAGCACAUACGUUGUGCGGGACCAUCGGGUAUAUGGCACCAGAAAUCUGCAAGAACGCACCCUACAGUUUCCCUGCUGAUAUAUGGUCACUGGGAGUGAUAUUGUACGAACUCAUGAGUCUAAGACAUCCGUUCAAAUCGGACAAUUCUAAUAUGUUAUCGAUGGCUCAGAAAAUUUGCGAAGAUGAGCCAGAUCCUCUACCUACCAACUAUUCAAAGGACCUGAUUCACUUGUGUCACUGGAUGUUAAAAAAGAAUUCACAAGAUAGACCUACAUCUUGCGAUAUUAUCGCGACUGAUUAUUUGCAGAAUGAGGUACAUUUACUAAAAAGUGAGAUAUUAAGAAGCAUGAAAUGA